AUGACAGACAGACAUAUAUUCAACGAUCAUACAACCUUAGUAGUCCGUUCACUCAAAGGAUUAGUAGGGUCUCAUCCUUAUUUAUCCUUAAUACCAAGUUUAAAAGUCGUCUAUAGGGCAGAUCAUGAUCCUUCAAAAGUUUCUUUGAUAUGUGGAGGAGGAAGCGGACAUGAACCUGGUACAGUUGGGUUUGUAGGUGCUGGUUUACUUAAUGCUGGUGUUGCCGGAGACGUUUUUGCUAGUCCUAGUGCUAAACAAGUUUUUGGAGCUAUAAAGAAGGUACCUAGUGAAAAGGGAACUAUAUUGAUCAUUACGAAUUAUACUGGAGAUAACCUUCAUUUCGGUCUGGCCAGACUUAUGGCUCAAUCCGCGGGAAUAGAAAAUGUCGAAUUGGUAGUAGUUGGGGAUGACGUCUCUGUCCCUCGAUCUAGAGGUUCCAUGGUCGGUCGACGUUGUUUAGCUGGUAUCAUUCUGAUAGUUUGUAAAAUCCUCGGGGCGGGUUCUACAAAAGAUAUGUCAUUCGACUCUUUGGUAAAAUUGGGUAGAUCAUCAAGUUCCAAUAUGGGUUCAGUAUGUAUGGCUUUGGAUCAUUGUCAUGUACCUGGUAGAACUGGAGAAUGGCAGAUUCCAGAAGGAAGGAUAGAGAUAGGAUUAGGACUGCAUAAUGAGACUGGAGUUUUCAACGUCGCUCAACCAUCAGAGGAAGAAAUUAUCAAACGUAUGCUUGAUCUCAUUUUGGAUCAAGAUGAUCCUGAGAGAGCGUUCGUCAAAUUCAAGCCGGACGAUCAGAUAGUAUUGCUUAUCAACAAUCAAGGAGGUAUGAGUAUGUUAGAGAUGGGAGCUGUAGCCGAUGAGACAUUGAAUCAACUUGAAUCAAGAGGAAUAAUCCCUGCUCGUAUUUUCAACGGACCAUUUAUGGGAUCUAUGAACAUGCCCGGAAUGUCUAUCUCCCUUCUCAACCUUACAAACGUUUCAGAAGAAUGUGGACUUUCCAUCGAAGAAUUACUGGAAUUAAUCGAUGCUCCUCAUAAUAGUCCCGGAUGGCCUGCGACUCAGAACAUGUAUCCUGUUCCGGAUUUUUUAGCGAGGAGGAAGAGGGAAGAACAUUUUACUGAGGUGGAUGCUGAGCCUAGAAAAGAGGUUUCGAAGGGACCAAAGUUGAUCGCUUCGGCAAAAACGAUUCAGGAAUGUAUGCGUAUAGCCGCUGAAGAUGUUAUUUCUCUUGAACCUCAAUUGACUCGAUGGGAUACGAUCGUGGGUGAUGGAGAUUGCGGAGAAACAUGUGCUAGUGGUGCUCAUGCCGUUUUGAAAGCUAUUGAAGAUGGUGUUGGAUCAGAUGGAGAUGUUGUUAAUCUUUUCCGAGAAUUGACCGAGAUAAUCGAUGAUGCAUGCGGAGGAACAUUAGGAGCAAUCAUUUCAAUUUUCUUAGCAGGAAUGACCAACGCUCUCAUCUCAUCAGCUUCUUCCAACCCUCCACCAAAAGUCAACGCUAAAUACAUGGGUAAAAUUGCUUUACAAGGAUUAGAAACACUUAAACAACGUACUGCCGCCAGAGUAGGUCAUAGAACAGUAAUGGACGCUUUGAUACCAUUUGCCGAAACUUUAGCUUCGACAGGUGAUUUAAAUAAAGCUGCUGAAAAAUGUAAACAAGGUGGGGAAAACACUACGAAAUUAAAAGCCAAAUUAGGUAGAGCUGCUUAUGUCGGUGAAAGGGAUGAUGGGAAACCUCAACCACCUGAUCCUGGUGCUAUGGCUUGUGUGGCUGUUGUGGAAGGUUUAGCAAAAGCUUGUGGGAUGAAAGAUUGA